AGAUCGGAGCAGUUCCAGUAAUCAACUUAAUUGGUAAUCCAGUCGUAUCGAUCAUGGCGUCCAAGAAUCUUAGCUCUCCAGCCUUUGCGUACACAGUGGUUUAUGUGAAGGACGUAGCCAAAUCGGUGGAGUUCUACGCAAACGCCUUUGGUUACACGGUUCGCCGACUCGAUGGAUCUCACAGGUGGGGAGAGCUGGAGAGUGGGCAGACGACGAUAUCCUUCACGCCGGUACAUCAGCAUGAGACGGAUAACAGAACGGGUCAAGUGCAGACACCUCGAAACGAGCAUGAGAGGAACCCAGUGGAAGUGUGUUUCGCUUACUCAAACGUCGACGAGGCCUACAAGAGGGCAGUGGACAAUGGGGCGGUGCCGGUGAGCCCACCUGAGGAGAAGGAAUGGGGACAGAAGGUUGGCUACGUUAGGGACAUAGAUGGCAUCGUUGUUCGAUUGGGGAGCUACGUCAACCCCUCCUCUUCUUAGACCAGUACCUGCCCUUACUCUGCUUCUCAAAGACUGAAAUAUUAUAUUUACUCCAAUAGUAGUGGAUGGAUCCUUGUAAUGGUAUUAAUUACUUGUACUGCAUUAUAAUAAAGUAAUUUUAUCUAUC